AUGGCCAUGUUCCGCAACCUGGAGCCGAUCGUGGGACUCUCCCGCGCCUGGGGCAUCAGCGUGCUCACCGCCUACCUCUUCUCCUUGGAGAACUUGCAUCGUCCCAACUCCCAAGGCACGGCCCAGGUCGAAAACUUGAUGUGGUGUUGCGAGCGUUUCAUCGGCGACAACAUCGACAACUUUUCAAGGCAGGGUAUCCGGCUGCAGGUCGUCGGCGACACCUCAAGGAUGUCGGGUUCUCUGCGGCGCGCCGCCGCGGAAGCCGACGAGGCCACGAGGCACAAUUCGCAGCUGCACGUGAUGCUAGGGUUUUGCUACAGCGGGAAGUGGGACAUAGCCCAGGCGUGCCAAGAGCUCGCCCGGGCGGCGCGGGCGAACGAGCUCAGCCCGGACGACAUCGACGAGUCGCUCCUCGCCAGCAGGCUCGCGACCAGCGUCGCUGGCGAGUUCUCCGCCGACGCCGACCUAGUCAUCAGGACCGGCGGCGAGCUUCGACUGAGCAACUUCCCGCUGUGGCAGGUGGCGUACGCGGAGUUUUUCUUCACCGACAAGGCGUGGCCCGACUUCGGGGAGGCUGACUACCUUGAAGUCUUGCGCUCCUUUCAGAGCAGAGAUCGGCGGUUCGGUCUCUAGCCAGCUAGUCCAAGAUGCAAACAAGAAUAUCGCAUGGGCAUGUUCAAUAUGAAC